AUGUUGGUCUUCUCUUUGAUUGUCAAGGUGUAUCCCGACUUCGUGCCCUCGCCCUUCACCGAGCAUCGUCAAAACGUCCGGGAUGCCCGGCUCCGCACGGCGCGCGGCGCGCCGCGAAACAGAGUGGUUCCGGCACCGGCGGGGGGUGUCAGGGUGUCACAGUGUCACUGCCUGGGCAGGAGCUGGGUAAAAGAGGAACGUUUUGCUUCAGUGUAA